AUGGAUAUAGGUGAAGGGAAGACCAGGGAGAAGGGGCCACCUCUGCAGCCUUCGACGCCGGCGACAUCCAACGCCGGCAACGUCCGACGCCGAGCGCUCCUUGCUCUCACUCACAAGGCCUCAUGCGAGCACGACGACUUCCCCUCCUCCCCUUUCUCCUCUCCACGCCACCAUCACACGCCAGAAGACGAUGCCACCACUAGACCGACCUCGCCGCCUCCGAGCGCUUCUCGCUGGAGCCGCCUCAGAGAGAUCCUCCCUCUGUUCUCCCUCUCUCUCCUCUCCUCUCGCCGGAGCUGCCUCAGAGCCGUCCUCCUUCCUCUUGCCGAAGCUGCCUCAGAGCCGUCCCCCUCUCCUCCUCUCGCCGGAGCCACCCUCCUUCUCCCUCUCUCGCCGCCGCCCUCGAGUGAUGGCCGCCGGCGACGAUCACUUCUCCUCUUCCUCCUCCUCGCGACACCAGCGAUGACCGCCUCUCCUCCUCCUCUCUUCCCGCGGCCAACAUCACCGCCGAUCCUCUGUCCUCCUCGCGACGCUACCACCGCACCUACUUGCAGCCACUCCUCUCCUUCUCCUCUCCUCUCAUCGGCAUUCACCUCCAGUCGCCGCUUCUGCUAA